GUUUCUUUAUUCUGUGCUGUUUCAAACCCUUUUCUUUUUAUGCAUUCUGUUUUUAUUUGACUUUAUUUUGUUAUAAUAGCGUUAACGUGGAAUACAAAAUCUUAUAUCAAAUGAAUAACUAUAUUUUAUUUAGUUUCUUCUCCACCUCCAAACUGUCAGUGCUGCAUAGAGAGCAGCUGUCACAUUACUUGUCCUUGUGAUUGUUUGCACCGACUCUCAGCAUUAUCAACUUGCUGCCUCAUCCAAAUGAGUUCAGAGUGAAUGCUGUUUCCUGCCGAGUGCUUUCCUGUGUUCGAGUUCACAUCUGGAGUCUCUAACAGGGAGGAUGGACAAAGUUUCCUGAUGGAAUUGCUCCCAAAUAUCCAGUUUUAAUGAAGGCCUUCAAAAGUCACAUGUCUCCAUUGAGACGGAAGCUUCUUCCGUCCCUCGUCUCUGUAGCCUGGGCAGGAGGCCUUAACCAGACCAAGAAGAACCUCAGAUGGAACCAUGGAUUAAAGAGGAAGAGGAGGACACAACACUGAUGGAAGAAGAAAAGGAGGAAAUAAAGUCUUCAUGGGCUAAAGAAAAACAGAAACAAACAGAACCUUCACUGAUUGAAAAGCAGGAGAACCCAGACACCCAUAGGAUUAAAGAAGAAGAGGAGAAACAAGGAUUACAGUGGAUUAAAGAGGAAGACCAGGAAACAAAACGCUCAAGUUUGGAAGAGGAAAAUGAAGAACCAACAUCUUUAUGGGUUGAAGAGGAACAGAAGAAACCAGAAACCCAACUUACUGGAGGACAGGAGGAUCUAGAAUCUAAAUGGAUUAAAGAAAAAGAAGAACCAGAUUCAAUACUGGUAGUUGAAGUAAAGGAAGAAACAGAUUCUUCUUCAUGGAUUAAACAUGAACAGCAGAAACUGGAACAUUUUCCAACUGGGCAGGACCAGAAGGACGGCGGCAGCAGUGAGGAGGGAGAGCAGCUUGUCCAGGAGCAGACCGUUGCUUUGAUGGAGACUCCUCUUCAGGAAGUCUCCAGGAAAAGUGCUGGAGAACCAAGAACUGAGCAACGGUCAUUUCAUACACCUACACAGGAAGGAAGCAGCUCCACAGUGUUACAGAGUCAGUCUCAUGCUGACGCAAAGAAUAUGUCUUUAAAAUGUGAAAUUUGUGAAAGAGCAUUUAAGAAAAGGUUUAACUUGAAAGAGCAUUACAAAACCCACACUGGGGAGAGGCCUUUUUGUUGUGAAACAUGUGGGAAACGUUUUUCUCGAUUCAGUAUUUUAAAAGUUCACAAACAAACUCAUACAGGUGAGAGACCUUUUUCUUGUGAAACAUGUGGGAAAACAUUCUUGCGAAUUUAUAAUUUAAAUCUUCACAAGAAAGUUCACAGUGGUGAGAGGCCUUUUUCCUGUGACACAUGUGGAAAAUCUUUCUCUCGUAUUGAUAAUUUAAAUUUACAUAAGAAAAGGCAUGCAGAUGAGAGGCCUUUAAAGAAUCAGGCACCUGAGAGGCCUUUCUCUUGUGAAACAUGUGACAAAAGUUUCUCUCGAAUUGAUCAUUUAAAAGCUCACAAGAACAUUCACACAGGUGAGAGACCUUUUUCUUGUGACACUUGUGGGAAAACUUUUUCUCAUAUUGGCAAUUUAAGUAUUCAUAAGAAAGUCCAUACCGGUGAGAGACCUUUUUCUUGUGAAACGUGUGGGAAAGGCUUUAUAAAUAGUUCGAACUUGAAUGUUCACAGGAGAACUCACACGGGUGAAAGACCUUAUUCAUGUGAAGUAUGUGGGAAAGCCUAUUUUAUCCGCAAUCACUUAAAUGUACACCAGAGAACCCACACAGGCGAGAGGCCUUUCUCAUGUCAAAUAUGUGGCAAAGGUUUCAUUGAAAAUAGGAAACUGAAUUAUCACAUGAAAAGAAAGCACAGAAGUAAGAAAUAGUAAUUUGACUCUCACUGGUUAACAAUAAAUAUUUAGAAUUUGCUUAGUAGUUUAUUUUUUAGUAGUAUAUUAGAAAAGGAAAAAAGCUAAUUAAUCUUAAACAUGAGUAGGAGUGAAGUUGACGUGUCAGGUUGUUUUGUGGGGAGACUCUGGCUCGUUGGGUGUUUCUGCAAUCAGAAGGUUUUUGGUUUUUAAAGCUUCAAGUUGGAAUUUUAUAAUAAAUGUUGAAUUUAAACAC